AUGUCGGCCAGAAAGUUCCGUAAAACCGGAUCAGUGUAUAAAAUUGCCGCUACUAACGAUGCUAUCUUAGAACGCGAGCUGUUCGGCAUUAGCAGCAGAGCGGAUCUAAGAAGCACGUCGGAGAUAAGCAAUGCAGUAAAUGCUAGCAGCAUUCAGGAGUCCAUGGCCAUUGGUUUAUUGAACGAAAUUGACAGUUCGGCGGAACUAGCGAAUGAAGAUGUUUCAGAUUACGAUUCUGAAGACGAUGAUGUGCAGCAUUGGGUAACCAUUGAAGACGAUAGUGACGAAAGUGAAAACGAAAAUUUUGUGGAAAGUUACCCGUCAACUGUGCCUGCUUCUAAGUGGGACGGAGUUGAAAUUCAAGAAUGCAUCAGAUGUUGGGCAUUGAGCACACAUCAAACUCACGAAGCGCUGAAUGGGUUGUUAGAGAUACUACGCAAGAAAACGCAGUUUAAAUUUCCAAAGGAUGCACAAACUCUACUACAAACCCAACCUGGUACUCAGCAAAUAGUGCGUAUAGCGGGAGGCGAGUAUUGGUACCACGGAAUCGCGACAUGUUUACUGCAAUAUUUUGGACGUGUUCAACCAAAAACGACAUCGUUCUCUCUUAACGUGUCCAUCGAUGGUCUUCCGCUGCAUAAUAGCGGCCUAACACAGUUUUGGCCCAUUCUGAUCAAUAUACAAGAAGAACCGAACAUACCCUGCAUGAUUGUAGCCAUUUUCUGCGGAUCAACCAAGCCACUUUCUACAGAAGAGUAUUUACGUCCGUUUGUCACAGAACUGAAGGACUUAAUGGAAAAUGGAAUCAUCAUUGCUGACAAACUAAUCCAAAUACGCGUGCGUGCUUUUAUUGCGGACUCUCCAGCCCGUGCAUUUAUCAAAGGCACUGCAAACUAUAAUGCCAAAAGUGGUUGUCAUAAAUGUACAGUCUUAGGAGAAUAUCACCAUGGCUUUCGGGUGGUCAUUCGCGUUAUAUUUGCAUUCGAUGACAUCGAAGGAGGAAGUAAUGAAAAAGAAUCUCCUAAUGAAGCUGGCUCCUUCAUUCGGUUAUCUUUCUUUGGCGCGGACAUGAUGCAGCUUGAAAUACAGUUUAUAAAACAGGAGCACUAUACAACAUAA